AUGCAUGAAGACAUGAAGCGCAAGGAACAAGGUGGCGGCGUCGACGGAUCCGCGCACGGUCAAGGUCAAGCGUUCAUGACAAGAAAUCACAGCAAGCGAAAAGGAGGACGGGCUGUGCAGAAGUCCAGUGCAUGUCACUACUGUGGCGAGCAAGGACAUUGGAUUGCCAAGUGUCCAGUGAGGAUCCGCGAGAAUGCGGAACGGCAGAGGUCCCGAAGAGCAAGCGUCGCGCAGGUUGAAGAAGCCUCUGGCGACUUUCUAUUAUCAUUUGAUGGAGAUAACAUCAAGCCGAGUGAAGAGUGGCUGGUCGACUCAGGUGCGACUCAACACAUGACAUACUCAAAAGAGCACAUGAAGAACUACCAGAAGAUCUCGCUAAUAGAUGUGCAUGUGGCGGAUGAUGGCGUUUAA